AUGGCGUUCGCGGACCGGCGCUCGUCGCCGCCGCUCCCGGCGCAGGGCGAGUGGCUGGAAGUGUCGAUCCCAAUGACGGACGCCGCGGUUUCGACCUUCCGGGGCUCGGUGGACGCCGUGCGGCCCGACCUCGCCGCAUUCUGGAUCAAGCUCCGCCACUCCAUCGCCGAGUAUUCCUCGAUGCGGAAAAUCGAGGCACCAAUGCGCUCGAACGAGAGCGAGGCGCACACGGAGCCGCCUCCUGAUGGCGGAGCAAAGAGGGGCGCGCAGCGCCGCGAUUUGGAGCUUGCGCGUGGCUGCACCGUCGAAGCCUUCUACGCGCGUCGGCUCCAGGACAAGGCCAUUCGCGAGACUGCGGUGGGCACCCCGCCGCCACCUCUCGACCUCGGCCAUUAUGCGAGGCUCUCCGACACGCAAAAGCUGCGCGUGUACACCGCGUACGUCGCGCACGGCGGUGCUUCGCCACCGAACUACGUCGUCGAGCGCCGUAGCCGGAAGGCGGGUCUUCCUCGGCUGUGCUUCGAUACAGCGGUGGCGGCGGCGGUGGCUUACGCGAGGGUGGUCGGCGAGUACCAGCCGGCAGUGGCCACCGAGGCGGAGGGCCUACGGUUGCAGCUCUGCAGCAGCAGCGGUACCGGCUACAAGGGCGUGCGGAAGCGCGCCUCAGGCCGUUUCCAGGCAGAGCACAAGGUAGACGGCGGGAGGCGGGUCUCCCUUGGCACCUUCGCCACGGCGGUCGAGGCCGCGGUGGCUUACACUCGUGCCGUCGGGGAGGCAGAGCGUCAGGAGGCCCCGCCCCGCCCUGCAAAGCGCUCGCUGAAACCGGCUGACGCACCGCCGCCUAAGCGGCGCUCCACGGCCGCUUGGCCCUCGGCUGCUUCGGUGGCAGAGCCGCCGCGGCUCCAGCGGCACCCGAUUGGCAUGCCGCCAGUCGUGCAGGCCCUCGAGCGCGUUGGGCUGCCGCAGUACGCCGACGCAUUUGACGAGCAGGGCUACGAUGAUCUCAACUACAUUCUCGAGAUGGAUGCGGCGGAGCGGAAAACGGUGGCAGAGGCGACGGGGAUGCGACCGGGCCACGCAGCCAAGUUUGUCAAGCUCAAGGUCGAACUACACAGCUCGCCCUUACACAUGCAACGCGUGUACACCGGGCGCUGCCCGAAGUCCUAA